AUGUCUUUCCAGCAAUACGACCAGUUCCAGGGCCAGCCCGUCGGCGGCGAACAGCAGCAACAGCAGCAGCAGCAGCAGCAAAUGACCCCGCAGCCCGACAUGUCCCAGCAGAUGGGCCAGCCGAUGGAUACUUCUGGCAACGGCUUUCCUCAAGGCCAGAUGGGCCCACCAGGCAGCGCGGGCGGCGAUGGUCAGGGCCAGGGCGCCGGCAAGACCACCCUCUGGAUGGGUGAACUGGAGCCUUGGAUCGACGAGAACUUUGUGCGCAGCAUCUGGUACAACAUGGGCGAGACGGUCAAUGUCAAGAUGAUCCGCGACAAGUUUUCUGGCAACGCUGGAUACUGUUUCGUCGACUUCUCGAGCCCCGAUGCUGCCGCCAAAGCGCUCACGCUCAAUGGGCAAUUGAUUCCCAACUCGAACCGCCCCUUCAAGCUCAACUGGGCCUCUGGAGGGGGUCUCGCCGAUCGCAGCCGCGAUGAGCGAGGUCCCGAGUACAGCAUCUUCGUUGGCGACCUGGGUCCCGAGGUCACUGAAUUCGUGCUCGUACAGCUCUUCCAGAACAAGUACCCUUCCACCAAAUCCGCCAAGAUCAUGUCCGACCCAAUCAGUGGCAUGUCGCGCGGCUAUGGUUUCGUGCGAUUCGCCAGCGAGGAAGACCAGCAAAAGGCCCUUACGGAGAUGCAAGGUGUCUACUGCGGCAACCGCCCCAUGCGCAUCUCUACCGCUACCCCAAAGAACAAGAGCGGGGGCCCUGGCGGUCCCGGCGGUAUGGGUAUGCCCCAGCAGGGUGGCGGUCCAGGCAUGGGCAUGUACUCGAUGGGUGCGCCUCCCAUGGGCUACUAUGGUGCGCCCCAGCCGAUGAACCAGUUCACCGACCCCAACAACACGACCGUCUUCGUCGGAGGCCUGUCCGGCUACGUGACCGAGGACGAGCUGCGUUCAUUCUUCCAGGGCUUCGGAGAGAUUACCUAUGUCAAGAUUCCUCCAGGCAAGGGAUGCGGCUUCGUCCAGUUCGUGCAGCGUCACGCCGCGGAGAUGGCCAUCAAUCAAAUGCAAGGCUACCCGAUCGGCAACUCUCGUGUCCGACUCUCUUGGGGCCGCUCCCAGAACAACUCGGGCCCUGCCGGCACUCCUUACCGCCCAGCACCACCUCCGCCAGUCUACGGCCCGGGCAUGGGCAUGCCCCCACAGCACCCAUAUGGCGGCGGUUUCCCUCCCAUGAAGGCAAUAAGCACAGAUUUCCCUCUCUAUUGCUUGCACGGCGCUUCCUCCAUGGUUUAUCCCGUUGGCUUAUUGCAAUGA